AAAGACUGAUAGUCGACCGAGUAGCGUGAAGUCUGAGAUACGACCAAGUAGCGUAAAGUCUGAGAGCCGACGAAGUAGUGUGAGAGCAACCAGUGUGAGUGAAAGUGGGAGAGAAAUGAGUCGUCAAAGCAGCGUUAAAAAAUUAAGUGAACUGAGCAGUGAACGGCCAGAUAAUGGAAGCCAACCGGUCAGUGUAGCGGGUGAGGCAGACGUAGAAGGGCUGGAAAAAAUAGAAAUUAUUAUGCAACCUCGAGAAGCAUCACAUAUAACUGAAGGUAAACAGUUGUAAUUAUGAAAAUAUGGAUAAUGAUCAGAUUGUAGUUGAACCCUCAAAGGAUGUGACAGACACCCAGCAAGACGACACAACAGAACCAACAAAAAUUGAACCUACGUCACCUGCCGACUUUACACCACCAGUGUCACGUGCACACUUAGAAGGCACAUCUUCAGAGACAAUCACUCAAGUUGAAGCACCUCUGAUUGAUGAGAAAUCAUCAGCACGACAAUCAGUCCAGUCACCAUUAGCUUCAAAACCAUCUACCCCAUUGUCUAAGCAAUCAUCACCAACUCACAAACAGGGUGUUCCUAAAGACAUUAUGAUUAUACCCAAAUCACCUACGCCACCAGCUCUGCCAAAGGAAGCAAAGAAACCAGCAACUCCAACGUCAGUUGUUUCCGCUAAUCAGAAACUGAACCAGGAGACGUCUGUGACCACGCCAGUGAAGAAAGUCGCCAAUGUAAACACUAAGCAACCAAUCACAACAACAGCAGUCCCAUCCCCACCAAAGUCUGCUACCCAACGCAAAGAGGAAAUCAAGCCAAAGGGAAUGGUUGAACAGCCACCACCACAGGAAAAGAAAGAAAGUGCUCUCGAUCUUGAUGCGUUGCGCGCCAUGGUAACCAAGAAAACUGAAUCUAGAGAUAAAACCAAAGUGAAAAAAGUUGGUCCUCCGAAGAAAGAGAAACGAAAGAAAGCAACUAAGAUGCAAUUUGUUGAUAGCAUUGGUAUUGAGGGAUAUGAGGAACCAUCUAAUGAAGAAUUUGAACAGAUGGUACAGCAAGAGCUUGCUAAACACAUGGCUGAGAAGAAUUUGAUUGAGUCAGCACCAAAGAAGAGUGAUAAAAAACUACUGAAAAGCCAGAACAUUCUGAGGAGGGUGCUGUGCCAGCAACUGAUGCUGAUGUCAAACCUGGAGUCCUCUCUGAAAGCAUCAUGGAUAAACCAGCAGUUGAAAAGCCUGUACCUGAAGUUACAUCAGAAGAUGAGGAUGCAGCCAUUGAGGCUCAAAUCAAAGCUAAAUUUGCUGAUAAACCUAAAAAUAAGAAGAAUAAAAAACAGAUUGCAAUGGAGAAGGCAGCGUUGAAAGAAGCCAAUCGAGUAGCACGAAUGGUAAGAG